AUGGAUCCCGCUAAUUCGUUGUCCAUACUCGUGGACACCAUCAGUGACUUAUCCAUCCAAGAGAGGAUAGAGACUUCCUCCCUUGCAUUAUUUGCGUAUGAAUACCUCAUAACGCUGAGCGAGGAAAUAGAAAAAGUCUGGAAGCAACCUUGGACAUCCGCAUCCAUUCUCUUCAUGCUCAACAGAUAUUAUACCAUGCUCGAACUUCUUGCAGUAGCCCUAAUAUCUUUCAAUCCUGCCUGGAUUUCCAAGGGGGCGGGUGCUGUUGUUGUUGUUGCAUUCUGUGAAGCAACUAUGAUUCUCCGAAUUUAUGCGCUUUACGGACGUCGCCUACGAAUUCUGCUUGUUCUGUGCUUCUGUCUCGCUGUUCAAGUAACGCUUCAAGGAAUAGCGCUCGCGCAAUCCCACUCUGUGCCUGCCCCGGUAGGAUGUCUCUUGGUCGGGAAGUCAUCCUUUUUCUCCGUGUUUUGGAUUGCUCCGCUCGUCAUGGAGUCGAUCAUCUUCAUCAUGACGAUGUGGCGCUCAAGGCGUUAUUUCUACCAAGGCUCAUUGAUGCCGGCCAUGAGAGUUUUCCUUCUUGAUGGAGCCGCUUACUUUCUGGUUGUCUUCACGGCUAAUCUGAUCAAUGUGAUCAUAUUCCUGCAUGCACGCUCCACCCGAAAAGUCUGGUUUGCCCCCAUUAGCGAGGUGGUGACCUCCAUCGUGGUUUCACGGUAUAUUGACUGGAGAAUCAUCUCCGACCUUGUCUCACCUCAUCCAACAGAUUGGUGUUAA